CUUGUUCGAGGUCAUCAUUUACAUAGAUCACAUUGGUGAUGUGCAUGUUUCCCACUGUUUUCAUCUCAUCUGCCAAUGCCGAGUCUUUUUCUCCUUCCAAGUGGACCUGACACUCGGACGCACUGGCAGUUGGUCGUACGGUUGGAAGUAAGAACCAAGACUUAUACGCUCUCCUGCAGGAUAGGGGCUUUGAAAUUUUGCCUUAGCCCCAGUUUCUGUUUCUCUAUUCUUCGGUGUACGUCUGUAUGUAAAGGCCUUCGUGAGACAUACUUGUCAUCUUCUGAGCUUCAGUACAUUGUUAAACUCGGUGGUCAACGACUGCUCCCUGUCGGCCUCGGAGCUUACAACUACACUCCCAUUUCAGAGCGCCUACGACUCCUGAGGGACAAGGCUCACGCAUGGUUUAAGUUUGACACUCGACCCGUCCAAACAGCCGUUGUACCAGAAACGUUUGUAGAUGCGAAACAUUUGUCUCCAAUGGGCACCUCUGCCUUGGCCAUGGUGACGGCCCAGGCUUUGCCAAAAUAUCUUCAAUACUGCCAAAAGCAAAACCUAGUUGCUGCUGCAUAUGAAAUCAUUGACAAAUCGGGUGCCUAUAUCGACCUUUUGGCUUUGGAUGGAGAUGGUUCCCACCCCCGAGCUGUUGGACCGACACUGUCUACGGUGCCGGGGUUUCCUGGACGUCAGAACAUUAUCCAGAGAUGUGAGAGUUGGAGGCUUGGCGGUCUGGAGAGGCAUAUUGCUCUCUGGCAUCUCCUGCUACUCCGUGAUCCAGACGGGAUCCUAUGGUGGUUGCAGAUUUGGGACCGGCUCAUUCGACAACGCCCAAUAUUGCUAAUUGCCGGCGACAAUUUGAAGGUCUAUUCAAUCGAGGAUAUGUCCCAGGCACCGCAGUUGCUGGCAUGUUUCUUGUUGCCUUUCCUAGUUGAAGCCGUCAAAUGCUUUCCUUCAAAGGACAAUAUCGCACAUAUUUCACAGACGGGGAUACAACACACAAGUUGGGCCUCAGACCCUAGUGAUCGAGUACUAUCCCUUAUCACAGCCUCUCCUUUGGCCCUUUUUGUCAUUCCCCUAGCACUUUUUCCGAGUUCGACUUCUUCGAAGAAAUGGCAACGGCAAUACCUUGGAAGGAUUGGGGCCCUUUAA